CGGCAGGGCGUCCGGUUACACCUUCGCCUUCUCGGCCUUCGGCGCGGGCCGCUCGGCGUGCGGGGUGCUCGGUGUGCGGGGCGCUCGGUUUGCGGGGUGCUCAGUUUGCGGGGCGCUCGGCGUGCGGGGCAGCGGUCGGGAUCAUGCUGGCCGCGGGCAGCCGGCGCGGGGCGGUGUGGACGCGGGCGCUGCUGCUGCCCCUGCUGCUGGCCGGGCCCGGGGGCUGCCUGAGCCGCCAGGACCUCUUCCCCUUUGGCCUCGAACACGGGGACCUGCAGCUGGAGGCCGGAGACGACCGCGUCUCCCCUGCCCUGAAGCUGAGCGGGGCGCUGCGCUUCUACGACAGAUCCGACAUCGACUCGGUCUAUGUUACCACAAAUGGUAUCAUUGCCACGAGUGAACCCCCGGCCAAAGAAUCCCAUCCUGGACUCUUCCCACCAACCUUUGGUGCAAUCGCACCUUUCCUGGCAGACUUGGACACCACAGAUGGUUUCGGAAAGGUUUAUUACCGAGAAGACUUAACUCCCUCCAUCACUCAGCUGGCGGCAGAGUGUGUCCAGAGAGGGUUCCCAGCGGUCUCUUUCCAGCCCAGGAGCGUGGUGGUUGUCACUUGGGAGUCCGUGGCGCCCUACCAAGGGCCCAUCAGGGACCCUGCCCAGGAAGGCAAGAGAAACACCUUCCAAGCUGUUCUGGCCUCCUCUGAUUCCAGCUCCUACGCCAUUUUCCUUUAUCCUGAAGAUGGUCUGCAGUUCUAUACGACAUUCUCGAAGAAGGACGAGAACCAGGUCCCUGCUGUGGUUGCAUUCAGUCAGGGCUUAGUGGGACUCCUGUGGAGCAGUGAUGGAGCUUAUAAUAUAUUUGCUAAUGACAGGGAAUCCAUUGAAAAUUUGGCCAAGAGCAGCAACUCUGGACAACAGGGAAUCUGGGUGUUUGAGAUUGGGAGUCCGGUCACGGCCAAUGGUGUGGUGCCUGCAGAUGUGAACCUCGGACCUGAGGAUGGAGCCGCGUAUGAUGAUGAGGAUGAAGAUUAUGACUUGGUGACGACGCAUCUGGGCCUGGAGGACGUGGGCACCACACCCUUCCCCUAUGGAAAUCCUGGAAGGGGAGAUGUUAACACAUACAACGUCCCCAGUGUCCUCUCCCCGCGCUGGGUGGCAACUGAGAGACCCUUUGAGCCUCCCACUGAGAGGUCCAGGACUUUCCAGUUGCCAGUGGAGAAGUUUCCCCAGCAGCACCCCCAGGUCAUAGAUGUGGAUGAAGUUGAGGAAACAGGAGUUGUUUUCAGCUACAACACGGAUUCCCGCCAGACAUGUGCCAACAACAGGCACCAGUGCUCGGUGCACGCGGAGUGCAGGGACUUCGCCACGGGCUUCUGUUGCAGCUGUGUCGCCGGCUACACGGGCAAUGGCAGGCAGUGUGUUGCAGAAGGUUCCCCACAGCGAGUCAAUGGCAAGGUGAAAGGACGGAUCUUCGUGGGGACCAGCCAGGUUCCCGUGGCAUUUGAGAACACUGACCUCCACUCCUAUGUGGUGAUGAACCACGGCCGCUCCUACACAGCCAUCAGCACCGUCCCCGAGGCCCUCGGGCAUUCUCUGCUUCCUCUGGCCCCUAUCGGAGGCAUCAUUGGGUGGAUGUUUGCAGUGGAGCAGGAUGGAUUCAAGAAUGGCUUCAGCAUCACUGGGGGAGAGUUCACCCGCCAGGCCGAGGUGACCUUCGUGGGGCACCCAGGCAAGCUGGUCAUUAAGCAGCGGUUCAGCGGCACGGACGAGCAUGGGCACCUGACCAUCGACACGGAGCUGGAAGGCCGCGUGCCGCAGAUCCCGUUUGGCGCGUCUGUGCACAUCGAGCCCUACAUGGAGCUGUACCACUACUCCAGCUCUGUGAUCACAUCCUCCUCCACCCGGGAGUACACAGUGACUGAGCCUGAGCAAGACGGGGCGGCCCCUUCGCACACCUACACUUACCAGUGGCGCCAGACCAUCACCUUCCAGGAGUGCAUUCACGACAGCGCCCGGCCGGCCCUGCCCAGCACCCAGCAGCUCUCGGUGGACAGUGUGUUUGUCCUGUACAACCAGGAGGAGAGGAUCCUACGCUACGCUCUGAGCAACUCCAUCGGGCCUGUGCGGGACGGCUCUCCUGAUGCCCUUCAGAAUCCCUGCUACAUCGGCUCUCAUGGGUGUGACACCAACGCAGCCUGUCGCCCUGGUCCUGGGACACAGUUCACCUGCGAGUGCUCCAUUGGCUUCCGAGGAGAUGGGCGGGCCUGCUACGACAUUGACGAGUGUUCCGAGCAGCCUUCUGUGUGCGGGAGCCACGCAGUCUGCAACAAUCACCCGGGGACCUUCCGCUGCGAGUGUGUCGAGGGCUACCGGUUUUCAGAUGCUGGAACGUGUGUGGCUGUCGUGGAUCAGCGCCCCAUCAACUACUGUACAACCGGCCUGCAUGACUGUGACAUACCCCAGCGGGCCCAGUGCAUCUACACGGGGGGCUCCUCCUACACCUGCUCCUGCUUGCCCGGCUUCUCCGGGGAUGGCCAAGCCUGCCAAGAUGUGGAUGAGUGCCAGACAGGCCGAUGUCACCCUGAUGCCCUCUGCUACAACACUCCAGGCUCCUUCACCUGCCAGUGCAAACCUGGUUACCAGGGAGACGGCUUCCGCUGCGUGCCUGGAGAGGUGGAGAAAACCCGGUGCCAACUGGAGCAAGAACACAUUCUGGGGGCAGCAGGGGUGGCAGGCGUACAGCGGCCCAGGCCACCGGGGCUGUUUGUCCCCGAGUGUGACGAGCACGGACACUAUGUGCCCACCCAGUGUCACGGCAGCACCGGCUACUGCUGGUGCGUGGAUCGCGAUGGCCGCGAGCUGCAGGGCACCAGGACCAGACCUGGGAUGCGGCCUCCGUGUCUGAGUACGGUGGCUCCCCCGAUUCACCAGGGACCCUCAGUGCCUACCACCGUGAUCCCCCUCCCCCCGGGGACCCACUUACUCUUUGCCCAGACUGGGAAGAUUGAGCGCCUGCCCCUGGAGGGGAGCAGCAUGAGGAAGACGGGAGCCAAGGCGUUCCUGCACAUCCCGGCAAAAGUCAUCAUCGGACUGGCCUUUGACUGUGUGGACAAGAUGGUUUACUGGACAGACAUCAGUGAGCCUUCCAUCGGAAGGGCCAGUCUGCACGGCGGAGAGCCAGCCAUCAUCGUCCGACAAGAUCUUGGAAGUCCAGAAGGCAUUGCCCUUGACCACCUUGGCCGCAACAUCUUCUGGACCGAUUCCCACCUGGAUCGAAUAGAAGUCGCAAAGCUGGAUGGCUCCCUGCGCCGGGUGCUCUUUGACACUGAUUUGGUGAAUCCCAGAGGCAUCGUAACGGACUCCGUUAGAGGAAACCUCUAUUGGACAGAUUGGAACAGAGAUAGCCCCAAAAUCGAAACUUCCUACAUGGACGGCACGAACAGGAGGGUCCUGGUGCGGGACAACCUGGGCCUGCCUAAUGGGCUGACCUUCGAUGUCUUCUUAGCUCAGCUCUGCUGGGUGGACGCAGGCACCAAUCGGGCAGAAUGCCUGGAUCCCAGUCAGCCCAGCAGACGCAAGGUUCUCGGAGGACUCCAGUACCCUUUUGCUGUGACGAGCUAUGGGAAGAAUCUGUACUACACAGACUGGAAGACGAAUUCUGUGGUUGCUGUUGAUCUUGCUAUUUCCAAAGAGAUGGAUACCUUCCACCCCAAUAAGCAGACCCGGCUGUACGGCAUCACCACAGCCCUGUCUCAGUGUCCUCAAGGUCACAACUACUGCUCCGUGAACAAUGGUGGCUGCACUCACCUCUGCCUGGCCACCCCUGGAAGCAGGACCUGCCGCUGCCCUGACAACACCCUAGGAGUUGACUGUAUUGAACGGAAAUGAAGACAGGAGUGCCUUGUUCCCUCUCCAAGUAUUUCACAACAAUAUCCUACUUGAAACUACUUGGUCUAGACCGAAAUUGUUCUCCAGCCAAGUGGCCACUAAGUUGAAGUCUAGCCCAGCCUGAGCCCCAACAACUUUUCCCUCACUGUUCCCCAAAACGUGCACGCUGUGCUUCUGGAAUGGAGAAGUCUUUACCCUUACAAUAGGACAGAAAUCCCCACCUCAAACCCCAACCCUCAGACAAGCAUAUCCAGCUUUGGUUGAGGAUUUCCAUGCCUAUUUCAGUGCCUUUGCCCCAAUCCUAGCCCCCCAGUGGUAAGCAGAACCUCCCAGGUCUGAGUUGUCCCUUCCCUGUGGCCAUACGAGCUCAGCCUCACUCUGAGACACCCACUAUCCUGUCAGCUUGAUGUACCAGCCAGGCCUGACUAGGCAGUGUGGGAGUGAAGGAGGGAGUUAGCCCUCCUACACUUUUUGUCUUGGUGCUUUAAUUUCCCUCUUCAUACACCAGUUGUUUUGCUCCCUAGUUCUUCAUCCUGUCCAAGAGCCCCAUUAUAGCGAUUAUGCUCUGCCUUUUGACCAAAACCUAUCCUGUCCCAGGUAUUUGGUAGAUGAUAAUGAGCAGCCCCUCCCAGGUAGGAUAUUCGUUUUUCCACCACAGGAUAUUGGCAUUUGGUAGUCAAAGGUUUAAGUCAAAAGAGUGUCCAUUGGUAGAAAUUUCAAGGUGUAGAGUAAGAAAUUUGAGGAUACAGAAUUAUUUGGAUGUGCCUUAAGUUUUUUCUGAAGAUUACCAUAUUAUUCCUUUUUGCCCUCAACACCUGCAUACCAGCCUCUCGUCUCUGAUAUUUUGCUGGCCUCGCUGCUGGCACCAAUGUCCAGCCUCCUCAUAGAGACACUUGGGAUAAUACCAGGUGAUGACCCACGACAAUCCCUCACCUCAAUUCUGGCCUCCACUCCUGAGAACCAAUUUAAAUCCAACCAUGAAUUCAUUCCUCUGUCUCUGCCCCUUGGUAGCUAUAUUCUCAUCUAAAAACAGAAUCCAAGAAGUUGAAUAUUUAUACUAAUGGUCUGCAUCCUUUUUAUGAUCAUCCUCAAGGGGACCAUUGCCACAUUUCAUGUUUCUGUUGCUACAGUUUGUUUAGCAACUAUCCCCUCACCAUCUCAGUGGCUAGUGUUAUCUUUUAUCAACUACUUCUCAGAGUCCUAACACAAUAGACAUUUUGAAUUGGAAGCUGAUGAGGUAAGGGAGUAGAGAAGACUCAAAAGUAUCACAAAGAGAUUGAUCAAGAAUAAGAAUGGAAAACCCAGGAAGAAGAGGUGGGAGAGGGGUUUAAGAACAGCCAUAAGAAAAGCUAUUAAACAAUUCCAGGGAGAACAUGAUAUAUUUUGCCAAAGAACGCUUAUACUUGAGGACAUAGAAGAAUUUGUGUGAUAUUUUCCUUGAGGAUGAGAUUCUUCCUCUUUUCUUCAAACCCCAGGGUACUCAGCCCUCCGCUCCACUGCCUCUCUCCUCACCUUGCUGAUACAGUAUGUGAUGUACAACUCAGUCAAAUGUGCAUACACAGUACAUUGGUAUGGAACUCUUCUGAAUCGGAAGAGUCUUUUUUUGAAUAAUUAUAGUUUGUCUCGAGAGAUCAACACUACAUGUAGAUCCCAGAAUUACAAGAUUUGGGGAAUAUGAAGGUCUUUUAUACAACCCAGCCCCAUAAAUUUAGCCUCACUUUCUUUUUGUAUUUAUCGUUCCAUAUCAAGCCUCUAUAUCAAAUGUUCAAUAUAAUUUUGUAUAAUUUUUAUAACUAUUUUAUUCAUUUUGUUAGAUUUAUUCUAAAAUUUUAAAAAUAAUAAAUUCUUAAACUGUGGAAACCACUGAAGGUGCUUAUUAACUGUUCCCCCCAAUUUGUACAAGUAUUGGAUGAUUCCUUGGGUUUACAGCUGUACAAAUAUUAGUGGGAAAAAUAAAAUUUUUUU